AUGUCCGAUCCUCAGUCGUCCGGUGCGGCUGCACCCUCAAAUGGAAACAAGGAUACCGGCUUCGAGCCGGGAGAUGAUACGUGGACGCAGUUCCGCAAUAUGUACUCCAUCCUGACGGGAAAAAUGUCCGCGGAGGGCAUCGAGCAGUUCCGGGUUGCGCGCGAUAUUCGGAAUGAAGCUGCCGAUUGCAAGCGCUGUGAUGAGCAGCGUGAUUUCCUACUUCAAUACAGUCCCGUCAUCCGCUUCCUCAGUGAUAAUAUCAAGCAACUUGGAGGCGAUCUCCAUAGCCACAACAUCUACUGUCGUCGCUGCACAAACCGAAAGGCCGGCGGCUUUGAUCCAGAAUAUGGUAUUUUGAUUUGCGCCAACGAGAUGAAAGAUCAGGGACAUCUGGAGGAUACAAUGGCUCACGAGAUGGUUCACGCGUACGACCAUCUGCGCUUCAAAGUCAAUUGGACCGAUAAUCUGCGCCACGCGGCCUGUACAGAGGUAUGCUUAGAUUGUUUCUCACCCAAGAAUGCCUGGACUUAA